AUGGAAAAGAUACGACCACUGAAGAUACGGUUAAUUCGUGAUAAUCGAUUAACGUGUGACAGCUAUAAUUCACUUUCUUCGGUCGAAUCAUUCAAUGUUAAGACUGAUAAUGUAUGUGAUGAAACUAUAUCAAAGAACACGGAAAAUACACAAUACGAUAAUGAAUAUUUUAUGGAAAAAGAUAUUCACACUAUUGAUAUUCAUACUAAUGAUAUUAGUGAAAGAACAGAUAAUGAUGAAAUCGAAUACAGUUUUGACAAACAGAAUAAUGAGCUAUCAAAAGAACACUGCAAUUAUUAUCAAAAUUAUGACAGCUUGGAAUAUUUAGAUUCUACGAAAUAUAAAGAAAAUUCGGAUUCAGAAUAUUGUCCUUCUGAACAUAGUUCUAUCUUGGAAGAUUCAGAUGCUAGCAAAGAUAAAUUUCCUGAAAUCAAUGAAAAGAAAUUAUCAAGUGGAUCAAUGAAAGUUUCAAAUAAUAUUUCGGGCUUUGAAGUAUCACAGAUUAAUGAGAGCAACAUAUUAUGUCCUGAUGACACUAAUCUUAAUAUCGAUCCAUCUGAAGGACCCAAAGGUGGUAAUAAAAAAAACUGCUGUUUCUAUUGCCACAAAAUGCAAUCGAAAAUUGCUCGACAUUUGGCUACAGUUCACCGCAAUGAAUCUGAGGUUAAGAAGUUUCUUGAUCUUCAUCCGAAUAAUUUGGAAAGAAAAAAAAUAAUUGAGACAAUAAGAAGAAAUGGCAAUUUUGUUUAUAAUACUAAUAAUAAUGUAAAUGACGGAAAACUUAUUGUGGUCAGGCGCCCUCAAAAAAAUAAGCAAAAAGACGCAAAAGAUUAUACAGCUUGUGCAAAAUGCAAGGGCUUUUUUGUGAAAAGUAGCAUUAGACGCCAUUUUCAACAAUGCGCAGGCUAUAGUAGUAAACAAACUAGGUCUGUGUUAGUUAUGGGCAGAGCGAUUAUUGGACGUAUUAAUCCUAUUGCAGAAGAAACACUGCGAAAAGUAGUUUUUCCUGCACUUAGAGAAGAUGAAAUAACACGUAUGAUUCGAUAUGAUGAAUUGAUUAUUAUGUUUGGUAAUAGAUUAUGUCGUAAAUAUCGCAAACAAUAUCAGUAUAAGUUAAUACGCUCACAUCUUAGAUAUCUCGGUCGUUUUUUAAAAGCGAUGAGAGACCUAAAUGUUCAAGUUACAGAUAUGCAAUCAAUUUAUCAUCCUACAUUUUACGAAGAUUGCAUUAGAGCAGUUAACAGAAUGUCUGCAUUUGAUGAUAACACAAAUACUUAUAAAGUGACAACGACACCGCAACUGAUGGGAACUUUACUUAAAAAAGUAGGAAAUCUUUUGAUUACUCAAAGUAUAAAGAAGAAAGAUUAUGAAACAAAGAAAGACACUGAGGAAUUCCUUGCUCUUCUCAUAGAUGAUUUCCCAACGAGUGUUAAUAAAGCCGCUUUAGAAGCCCAAGAAGAAAAUAGAAGAUGUAAAAAGACGGAACUUCCUUUAAUGGAUGAUAUUAUAAAGCUUCGUAAUUAUCUUGAUGAAAAACGUAAAGCCUUGUGUGUAAUGUUAAAAGAAACAUUUUGUUAUAAUAAUUGGUUAGAAUUAGCAAAAGUAACUCUUACGUCUGUACAAUUAUUUAAUCGUCGUAGAGCGGGCGAAAUAGAACACCUUCUCAUCAAAGAUUUUGAGAAUUAUGUACAAAUUUCAGAGAACACAGACGAAGACUUAUUCCGAUCUCUAUCAGGUGCAGCACAAGAAAUUGCAAGAAAAUAUGUAAGAUUUACUAUACGCGGAAAAUUAAUGCGUACUGUUCCUGUAUUACUAUCAGCUGAAUUAUUAAAAUGUAUUGAAUUGAUUUUAAAAUAUCGAAGCAAAGCUCAUGUAUCUGCUGCAAAUCCGUAUUUAUUUGGAAUUCCGGGAUACAAUAAAAGUUGUUUCAAAUAUUUAAAUGCUUGUGAAUUGAUGCGACAAUUUUCCACAGCAUGUGGUGCAAAACGACCAUGGACUCUACGUGGAACGGGUCUCAGGAAACAUGUUGCUACGAUAAGUGUAGCAUUAGAUUUAUCAGAAAAUGAUGUCUCUGAUCUAGCAAAACAUAUGGGUCAUGCCAUAGCAAUACAUAAAGAAAUCUAUAGGCAACCCGUUGUAAGUAGAGAUAUUUUACGAAUGUCGCAAGUAUUAGAAAAAGCACAAGGUAUCAAUAGCGACAAAAGUGAUGAAACAGAUAGUAACUAUGAAAAUGGAAACAUUUCAGUAGAGAAUGAUAUAAGUUUAUCUUAUAAAACUGAAAUGGAAUCAUAUAGUACCCUCAAUGAUAGUAACAAAUCAAUACAAGAUAGUAGCAAGUUAAUAAAAAAUAUUAAUAGAAGUGCGAAGAAACGGAAUACUCCACCAUAUGGUCGUACCAAACGUGUUCGAUGGACAAAUGAAGAAAAACAAAUCAUCAUGGAACACUUUGGCGAUUACAUAAAAGAUAUUAAAUUACCGUCUAUAAAAGCAAUCCAAGAGGUUAUUGCAAAAAAUCCUUGUUUACAAAAUCCAUCUGCAUCAGUUGUAAAGACAUGGAUAAAUAACCAACAAAAAAAGCAAUAA